CCGGGAUCGUAUCCCCUCUCCCCAACACCAACACGCCCUCGCCUUUUGUGACUGAGUCCCCGAUGCCGUCGCCAUGCGGAACACACGCCGCUCCUUUUUCGCCCGCGUGCUUCUGACGGCAACAUGGCUCUGGCUCUGCUCCGGCGCCCUCGCAGCAGGCGGCAACGGUAUCGACGAGACCAAAUCCUUCGGGGCGUGCACGCUAGCCCUGCAAACGACCCACUUCUCCGACGUCGGACCCAACGCUACCAAACUCGAAGAAAAAUGCCAGAGUCGGCUACGCCACCUGUCGUUGUAUCUCUGUCUCAAGGUCUACGGUAGAAGUGGUGGCUGGGCGGACGAGUUGGCGGCGCAGAACGACACGUGCGAGAGGUUUCUUCACACGCCUCUACCCCCGUUCGACAUUGUGGCCAAUUAUACCGACACUGAGGUUCCCCGGUUGAGGCAGGUCACGUUGCAGGACUGGAACGAUAGAGUCACUUUUGAUGAAGAAGUGAUUGUGUCGGAUGCCUUGCACGGUAUCGCAUAUGGCACGCUUUAUGCAUGGGAUUACGCGUAUUCUCGUCAUUUUAGCUACGGCUGGGCCAUGGCCGUAUUCUGGAUAGUGGUCGUCCUGGCGGGUGCAUCUGCCCGCCUCGUCUCGGCCAUUCGCCGUCAUCGGGGUUCGAGCGAAAAGUCCCAAAGUAGGAUGAGGACUGUGAUUGACCGAGUACCUGCCUGGGUGUGUCGGCAUAUAACGGCCCCUGCAACGUUCGGCUACCGGUGCGCCCAGAAUCUUGGGUGGUGCACGAUCCCUCCCAGAGGCCAGAGCCUCACGAUUCUUGUCUUUCUCAUUCUCAACAUUUUCGUCAGUACGAAUGGCUAUAUAGUCAUGCCGGUGAACCUCUACUUCAAUACCCCGACGAAGCAGCUUCUGCGCUAUGUUUCCGACCGCACGGGCAUUGUUUCGUUUGCCAACUUCCCGAUGAUAUGGCUCUUUGGCAUGCGGAACAAUCUGGCGUUGUGGCUGACGGGCUGGGACUUUGGAACGUACAACAACUUUCACCGAUGGGUGGCGCGGAUUGCGACCCUUCAGGCAGUCGUUCAUUCCAUCGGCUACACUGUUCUUAUUCUGCUGGACGGCGGAUGGGAGUAUUUCGCUUGGUGGUGGACGCAGCUCUUCUUUUGGACCGGGGAGGUGGCAACCAUUCUCAUGUGCCUUCUCCUAGGCUUGGCGGUAUAUUGGCUGAGGCGAAAGCAGUAUGAGACCUUCCUUAUCAUACACGUCGUGCUCUCCAUUUUCAUUCUGCUCACCAUGUUGGGCCAUGUUUCCAUAUUCAAGGUCCGCUACGACCUGAUGGUCUGGAUCCCCGCGACGAUAUGGGCAGCCGAUCGGAUCCUGCGCGUGUCCCGGACGUUAUCCUUCAACCGCCGCUUCUGGAACACCAAGGCGUCGGUCAAGUACGAUCCCAGCAGCAACAUCAUCCGCCUCGCCGUCCCCUCUUCCUCCAGCCUCUACACCCCGCAGCCGGGGACGUUCUACUACCUCCACGUGUUGAGCGACAAGCGGUUCUGGGAAAGCCACCCGUUCACCAUGGCCUACUCGACGGGGGCCAGGGAGGCGUGCGGUAAGGAUCUGGGCGAAAACGCGCCGUUGUUGCCGGCACAGCACGGCCGGGGGGGCGACGAGGCAUUCGCCGUCGGGUCGGAGGGCGGCGAGGGGGAACCGAGCAUGGUGGGCUUCCUGAUCAGGCCGUAUGAUGGCUUUACUUCCCGGCUGAGAGACGCGGCGUCGAGGUCGAGCCGUUGUCCGCAGUCGGGACCCGUCUCGAUCCAGGUUCUCGUCGAAGGACCGUACGGACGCACGGGGCCCUUCGUGGAGUAUGAGAACGUCCUUUUCGUGGUGGGCGGCAGCGGGAUCGUGGUGGCGAUGGCGUAUCUCCGCUCUCUCGUGUCGAACGCGGGGGUGCGAUCGGUGGGGAUCGUCUGGGCGGUUCGGGAGCCUGCGUUUGCAGAGGAUAUCCUGUUGCGAGAUCUCGGGCCGCUUGUGGGGGGCAAGAAGGUUUCGUUGAAGAUCUGCAUGACGCUGGGAAGUGGGUGCGCGGGAUUUACAGUCCCGGAGCUUCCUGAGGGGGUCAGGCUGCAGUAUGGUCGGCCGGAUGUACGGCUUGAAGUUGAGGAUGCCGCAGGGGAUAUGCCCCCUUCCGAAAGGUUAGCGGUGGUGGCUUGCGGGCCGGCGAGGAUGGCGGAUGAUGCGAGGAGGGCUGUGGUGGAGAGCAUGGGGUCCAAUGGGCCGCGGGUUGAGUACUUUGAGGAAAGUUUUCGGUGGUAGUCUGUAGAGCUCUUUUGGUAAGUCAUCUGGAGUUGGCAUGGCAUAGCGUUGGCCCGCAGGGAUACUAGGGAAUCUGUAUAGAUAGAUAUAUCAUCUGUGCGACUUGAUCAAAUGGAAAUGGGAAAAUCUAGAACGACAG